CAGCAGAGCGCCGGGCCCAGCCUGCCGCUGGGCAAAGCCUCCUUCUUCAACAGCGCCGAGGGCGGGCAGUUCUCCAGCGCCUCGCACACCCCGCUGCGCUGCGACAGCCGCGCCAGCACCGUCUCUCCCGGCGGCUACAUGGUGCCCAAAGGGUCGGCCUCCUUCCAGCCCUCUCCCGAGAACUGCCGGCCGUUCCCCAGCGCGUCGCAGUGGGCGUUCCGGCAGGGCUACGGCGGGCUGGAGUGGAGCUCGGAGGCGUUCAGCCAGCUCUACAACCCGGGCUUCGAGUGCCACCUCAACGAGCCCAACGUCAUCCUGGACAUCUCCAACUACACCCCGCAGAAGGCCAAGCAGCAGACGGUGUCAGAGACCUUCUCCGAGUCGUCCUCCGACAGCACGCAGUUCAACCAGCCGGCCGGAUACCGGCGCGCCAACAGCGAGGCCUCGUCCAGCGAGGGCCAGUCCAGCCUGUCCAGCCUGGAGAAGCUGAUGAUGGACUGGAACGAGGCGUCCUCGGCGCCCGGCUACAACUGGAACCAGAGCGUUCUCUUCCAGAGCAACUCCAAGCCUGGCCGGGGCCGGCGGAAGAAGGUGGACAUGUUUGACGCGUCACACCUCAGCUUCUCCUCCUCGUCCUCCUCCUCCUCCGUCUACCCCUCCAAGCGCAGCACGGGGCCUCGGCAGCCGCGGGGCUCACGCGGGGCGUGCGCCUCCAAGAAGGAGCGGGGCACGGGCAAGGCCAAGUUCCCCAGCAAGGCGCAGGCGGUGAACCCGCUCUUCCACGAGAGCACGGACCUGGGCUUGGACUACUACAGCGGGGACAGCAGCAUGUCCCCGCUGCCCUCCCAGUCGCGGGGCUUCGGGGUGGGCGAGCGGGACCCCUGUGACUACGCCGGGCCUUACUCCAUGAACCCCUCGACGCCGUCGGACGGGACGUUCGUGCAGGGCUUUCAGAGCGACUCGCCCGGCCUGGGGCAGCCGGAGCUGGAGGGCAAGCACUUCCCCGCGCUGCCCCACCAGCUGGCAGCCCCCGGGCAGCAGGCUGUCUUCGAGGCCGGCCUCCAGAAAGCCUUCUCGCCCAACUGCUCGCCCACCCUGGCCUUCAAGGAGGAGCUGCGGGCGGGCGAGCUGCGCAAACUGCCCGCCUGCGACUCGCUCAAGCACAGCAUGCAGGGGGGGGCUCUCCCGCACGGCCCCCACGUGGCGUGCCGCGACCUCGCCAUGCCGCAGCCGCACUACGAGUCCCCCAGCUGCAAAAACCCCCCGUAUUGGUACUCGCCCACCGCCAGCACCCGCAGCCCCUCCUCGUACGACGGCAAGGCGGGCGCCGGCAUGCUGGUGGACUUUAUGGGCAGGACGGACCCCUCGUGUCUCAACCCCCAUUUGAGCAGCCCCGGCGGCCCCCACCCCUCCAAGGGCGAGAAGGAGCCCUUGGAGAUGUCCCGCGCCCACCACCGCGGCCCCUACGCCUGUCCCCUGAUCAAUGACUUGAACAUCUCCCCCGUCCCGAGGGACUCCAUGCUGCAGCUGCAGGACAACUACAGGUACCCCACGUUUGCACCCCAGGGGCACCCCGUCAUGGCCCCCGCCCAGAAGAGCGGGUUCUUGGGGCCGAUGGUGGAGCAGCACCCCGAGGACACGUUUACGGUCACCUCAUUGUAGUGCCACUGACGUGCCAAGCGGACAGCGAGGUUUUGUUACAGGAGGUAAUUUUAGCCAGCACUUUUUUUCUGGAACACUUUUCAAGUUCUGUAUUUAACUGGGAUUGGAACCGUUUGUUUGUUUUCUAUGAAA